AUCUGUGCGUACGCGGUCGUGAUUGUUGUGAAGAUGGCGGAGGGGGAGACAGAGAAGGAAUAUGACACACGGAAAGCUAUCGAGGAGCUCCGAGAGCGCUUCCAGGGUUUGACCACAGCUUUGAAGGAGAGCUCGCAGUCUCCGCUGGAAUCCUCGCUGCAUUUCUGCCAGGAGUUUUGCCAGGUCCUUGUUGAACAUGCAGGCCGUUGGAAAACUGAUGAGGAUCCACUGCCUUUGUUGGAGGUCUACACUGUGGCCAUCCUCAACUUUGCUAAAGCCUCCUCCUGUCUCUCCUCCGAAUGUGAAAACGUGCCACUCCUACUUGAAAAGUUAGCACUGAGCUGUGCGGAGCUGCUGCUCUUACUGCCCCAGCAUGUCCCUGGUGCCUUAUGGGAGGAGUUUCAGUCCUCCAUGAAGUUGGCACACAGCCUUUUGCAAGAAAGUGGGAGCACACAGCUUUGCCAGCUCUCAGUUCUGGCGCAGCAGGAUGGCGUUUGGUCCAACACCACAUUAAGCAGCAUCCUCUCCAAUCAAGCUCCUGAAACAGAGCAAGUUCAUGAGUAUCUGGAGCUGGAAGGCCCCACGCUUCUCACCAUGAGAAUAAAGCACCUCAUCAAGGUGGACAGAGCAGAUAAAGCUGCUAUUCUGGCAAAGAUGUGCUCAGAGUAUCCAGGAUAUGAAGGAAAAGGAAACUUUAAACAAACUUACCUGCUUUGCAUCUGCAUGACGAAAAGUCAGGAGCAGCUAAUGGAAGAGAUUGCAUCAAUAGACUGUAAGGAUGCUCUUGAAAUGAUCUGCAACUUGGAGUCAGAGGGAGAUGAGAAAGGAGCUCUGUGCUUAUGUUCUGCCUUUCUCAAACGACAGCUUCUCCAGGGAGAUGUUUAUUGUGCCUGGGAACUCACACUGUUCUGGAGUAAGCUGCUCAUGCGUUUAGAGUCGUCAGCUGAUGCAUUUCUUGGACACAGCAAAGAGAUGGCUCUUCUCUGCAGAAGCGUCUGUCAUAUUCUGUUUCUAAUCAAAGUCAUCCAGAAUGAGGUUGGAGAAGUUGGGCUUCCGGUGUGUGUGGAAAUGUGUAUUCAAGCUCUGAAAAUGACCUCCAGUGACCAUAAGGAUAGCAAAUCUACUAUCUGCAAGACAAUUUCCUGCCUCUUGCCAACUGAUCUCGAGGUGAAGCGUGCAUGCCAGCUGACUGAGUUCCUCCUCCAGCCUACCAUUGACUCUUAUUAUGCCGUGGAGUCACUGUACAACGAACCAGACCAAAAGCCUGAGGAGGAUGGAAGUCUACCGGUGCCCAAUUCCCUACGCUGUGAGUUACUGCUGGCCUUGAAGACACAGUGGCCUUUUGAUCCAGAGUUCUGGGACUGGAAAACACUGAAACGCAACUGCUUGGCACUGAUGGGAGAGGAGGCAGCUAUUGUGUCAUCUAUCGACACUCUCAACGACACAGACGAACAGGAGGUGGAAAGUGCAAUUGGCAAACUCCCUGAAUACAGAGACUUGGAGGACUUUCUGUUAACCACUACAAAUGAACUGAAUGAAAUCACAGAUGAAAGAGAGAAAAACAGAGAGGCGAAAAAACUUCGGGAGCAGGGUUUUGUGUCUGCUCGGUUCAGAAAUUGGCGAGCUUACAUGCAGUAUUGUGUUUUGUGCGACAAAGAGUUUUUAGGUCACAGAAUUGUUCGACACGCACAGAAGCAUUUCAAGGAUGGAGUAUAUCUUUGUCCAAUUUGUGCUGACAGUUUUGAAAGUAGGGAGGUUUUAGAGCCACAUGUAGCAUCACAUGUAAAGCAAUCAUGCAAAGAGAGACUAGCCGCAAUGAAAGCAGCUAGGAAGGUAACCAAACCACCUCAGUCCCCUAAAAGUCCGUCAAAAAUGUCAAAAGUUCCUGCAAAGAUGAGUAUGAGUCCUGUUAAAGUUGAAGCUCAAAUCAACGAACCAAUGGCGUCUCCUGUUAAGAUAGAACAAACUACAUCUGACACAAACAUGAGUCAGGACUGUUUCUGUCCUGUCAAAAACUGCUCUAAGGCGUUUAAGUUUUUCCGUAACCUCAUGGCUCAUGUCAGAUCUCACAAAGAUGACGAGGAGGCCAUGAGGUUUUUAGAGAUACAAAAACAGAAAGUGGUGUGCCAGUAUUGCAGGCGGCAGUUUGUAAAUGUCCGGCAUCUGAAUGACCAUUUGCAGAUGCACUGUGGUAGCAAACCGUACAUCUGCAUACAGUUGGAUUGCAAAGCCAACUUUAACUCCAAUUCUGAGCUACUCAUGCACAGAAAAACACAUCCUGAAUUUAAGGCACAGUGCAUGUUCCCCAACUGUGGCCAAGUUUUUAGUGAGGCCUACCUGUUGUAUGAUCAUGAGGCACAGCACUACCUUACUUACACUUGCCAAACAGAUAACUGUGGGAAAAUAUUCUACUCACAGGCUCAGUUCUUGUCUCACCAACAGAUUCAUUGUACAAAUGGUACAAAUGGUGCAGUCAAUAUUUUGCCCAUCACAAAUGAAAAUCCACCUGGCACUCCAAGAGUAGAUGUACCACUCCAGAGCCCCCCGAGCACAGAAAACGAAAGUUCUGCAGUUGGCAGCCUUGAAAGUAUAAACACAGGCGAAUAUAUGAAGGAAGCAUCAAAUACAGACACAUCAUGCACAACACCAGAGCUUGAUAAAGACGCAGUUCCUUUAAAAGUUAAACACUCGAUCGAAAGCAUGCUUAAUUCUGGAGGAGAUCCUGAACUCGAAGAACCAGACCAAUGUUACACUCCUUUAACUGACCCUGCUCCAGCAGCAGCUGAAGUGAAUCCAGCACCGGAGCCACCUCAGGCGCUCCCGAGCAUGGCUGGGCAAAGUGAAAUCCCUCCAGUGUAUCCUGUUCACGUUGCAACAAAUCCUGCGGCAAGUCAGCAGGGAGAGGGGCUUAGUAAUGUCCAGGGAAGUGAAUUACCCAAAGCAAUUCCACAAAUAAUUUCUCCAAGUCAAAUAAAGAAAGAAAUUCCUUCUUCAAUGCAAGGAUAUCCUGCAAGCACACCUGCUGCUACUGCUGCCAAUGAAGAGAACCUGCAUUGCUGCCCAUAUAGUGACUGUACAAGGGCAUACAGUACAAACAAAAGUCUGUCUCGGCAUGUGAAGAAGCAACACCCUGAAAUAUUUGAGGACUGGAAAUUGGCAAAAAAAUAUAACAAAGUGGCCAGGAUUACUGCAAAAAAGGCACAGAGUGCGCCAACUUCACCAAAUCAAAACACUGGGAACAGGCCUCCUAAUGAGUCAGGAGUACUAUGCAACAAACCUGGGAUGCAGCAAAUGGAUUACCCAGUGGGAUGUUCUAGCUCACCUGCCCAGUGUUAUCCUGGAUCCAUGGAGCCUGUGCCUAUCACUCCAAUGGUUAACCCAACACUGUACCCGUCAUGGGGAAACCAAAAUAAUACAAGUGGAGUGAUGCAGCCUGAAAUGUCCCAGUCAUGGUCCUCACCCCCCAUGAACAACUGUUAUCCAGAGGCCUUCAACAUGAAUGAGUACCCCUCUCGGAGCUAUCCUCAGUGGCAGGCAGAUCCUUAUCAAACUACAGCAGCCCUACCACUUGAUAGAGAUCAUUCAAUGGCAGCUAUGCAGGGUUCUACCAUGUCACAUGCUCCUUCAGACUCAAGUUUGAUGUCCCAGUAUGUGUCUAGUUCUCUUAUGCUCGACAAUGGAGGCCAAAUGCAUAAUGGAGGGCAGCAAUAUGGAAUGAUGAAUCCAGAGAGCAGUGCAGACAGAAAAGCUUCAAAUGUGGCACAGAACUUGGAUAAUGAAAAUAGUAUCUCAACAAUUGAUAGCCUCCCUGAAGGUAGCUACCAGGCUCCAUAUGCUCAAAGUGAAAACCCUUGUCUUACCCAGGGCUCUUCAGCUGAUAUUCCUAUGAAAUGUCUCAGUCCAGAGGCCCAGCUUGCUUUAAAAGCUGCAAGUGAAAUUGCCAAAACUGAGAAAAUGCCUGCUCCUGGCUUUGACCAGAUGGACAACUCAGCGGACAGCAUGCUCAGCCCACGAAGUGGCACCCAUGGAGAUUUCUCUUUCGAUGAGGACUGCCCUAAUGCUGACUGUGAGGGUAACGUCUCAGACGAAAAGGCUGGUGACCCUGACGUGCCAAAGGGAAAACGCAGCAGAUUAAGCAAGCGAACCAAAUGGCCAGCCAUCAUAAAAGAUGGCAAGGUCAUCUGCAGGAGAUGCUUCAGAGAAUUCACAAGCACCAAGUCUCUCGGAGGUCACUUAUCUAAACGUUCUCAGUGCAGGCCUGUAGAUGAAAUCGACCUCACAGCUGAUCUGCCGACAUCUUUCCUUGAUUUUCUCAAUGACCCCCAUGUCCCAGACACUAACGGAGCAAUAUUCAACGCAACUAAUGGGGAUUUCUCACAGGAAUCGAGUAGCUUGACCACUUUGUCUUCACCCCUGGCAUUAAAACAGGAGCCACAGUACACUAAUAUAAUGGAUUAUUCAAACUCAUCUCUUCCCCCUGAAAACCAGCCAGAGAAGGCAGUAGAGUUGGCAAAUCCAGCCCUUGCUGUACCGUAUCAAGAGGAUCACUUGAUGGAAAUCUCACAUGCCUUUCAAAGGCUGGAUUUGAUUGAGGCUGCUCAAGAGAAGAUGCGGAACGCUCUGUCAUUAGAACAAAAAGUCAGUCGUGAUAAAGCCCAUGACGGCGAAAAAGGUAAAAAAUCAAGUAAAAGUGAUGACAAGCCCACUGAAAAGGUGCCCAAACCUUUUAAGUGUGACCAGGAUGAGUGUGAAUACUCAUUCAUGACUAAGGAGGCAUUAUUCAAACACCUGUGUAGAAUGCAUGAUUACACAAAUGAGAUGAUUGAGGAACUAAAAAGAGCCCCAUCUAAACUGUCUCCAUAUCCUUGCCAGAUUUGCCCAAAAACAUUCACAAGAACGACAGGUUUGAGAAUUCACUAUGAAAAAGUCCAUCGAUUGUCGAAGGUAGAAAUGCAGAAGCUAAAGAUCAGUGCUCGAAAUAGGCGUGCUUUCAGACUUAACAAAGAUAACGUCUUAGUAAGCAGUGCAACCACUGAUGCCAAUACCAGUCAAACUAAACCAUCUGCAGUACCAGUAUUACUUGCUAUAAAACAAGAACCGCUUGACAUUGCAAUUGCGCCUCUAACAGACAGUGAGAACAAUCCAGAAGUUGCUCAGAUCGCCUCACCAGGAGGUUCACUUCAACAGGGCUUCACACCAGAGGUGUCGACUGUUACAAGACUUCCAUCACCUCAAGGCUAUAUGACUGAUAGGCUACUUGGUGAGGUGGCACCAUCAGUUCUUGAAAAGUCCCCUGAUCAACCCAAAGUAGCUGUUGUAAACAAGAGUCCAAACGUGAAAAAGAAAUCCGGUUUACAAGAGAAGCUCAGUCCAGAUGGAAAAGUAAAAGAGCAGCAGGGGGGAUCAGAUGAAGUGUUAAGCAAAGCAAAAGAACCAAAGUCCAGCCCCUCCUCUGCAUCAGCUUCAUCGUCUCCUGAGAAACCCAGUAGCUCUAAAAACACGCCGAUGAAGGAUGAAUUCCAGAAGAAACAGAAACAUCAGAAAAAGUUGAGUCUAAAAAUGUGUGAAGCAGAAAACGCCUUCAGUCCAUACAGACCAUAUCGCUGUGUUCAUGAAGGAUGCACUGCAGCAUUCACCAUCCAGCAAAAUUUGAUUCUCCAUUACAGGGCCAUGCAUCAGGCAUCUCUGCCUCCCAGCAAACCUGAAGCUGAAGCUGAAAUGACAAGUGUUGCAAAUGGGGAGGAGAGCCCUCAGGCCAUAAGUACAGACGAUGAAGUUAGAUGUCAGGUGAAAGACUGUUCUAGAGUGUUCAUGGGAAUCACAAGGUUAAUUCAGCAUUACCUCUUACUUCACAAGUUUACCCGUGACAAAGCAACCACCAUGAUGGCCAGCAUGACCAUUGGGACAUUCAACUGUGACCGCCCAGAGUGUGCUCUCCCUUUUGACUCUGUGGUGAAGUACAUUGAACACAUAAAGAACUUCCACAAGGAGAUCGCCAUCUCUGAGAGUGGCUCAGUUGAUCGAACAUUCAAGUGCGAGUUUAUAGAAUGUGACCGCGUCUACUCUACAAAAUCCAACCUCCUCCGUCACCUGAUAAAAAAGCAUGAGUAUGUUUAUGAUCCUAAAGCAAGCGAUGGAAGACGGACUAAAUCUGCAGGACUCUUCCCUUCAGUUAGCAAUGGGAAAGAGAAUAUGGAGAACAAAUUCAAAAUGAAGAAGAAAAACGCUAAAAAGAAAGAGGGGAAGUCCAUUGAACACUGGACUAGUUUUGGAAAGCCUACACUAAAAUCUCACGAGGAGGCAUCAGCCAUGUGCACCAAGAAGUCUGCCCUGCAGUACCCAUGCAUGAUAAUAGGCUGUGAUGCAGUGGAGCGAGCUGAAAGAAGUAUAUUUAAGCAUUACGUCACUCAUGGUCUGACAGAAAGAUAUAUUGAAGACCAGAGGAGCCAGUUUAUUUUCUGCAAAAAGUACUCGCGUGCCAGAUUCAAAGAAACAACUAAAUCCGAAGGUGCAUCAAGCUCAUCUUCUGAGGAGACCGAGGCAGAUGAUCCAGAAAAAUCUGGUGACCAGAAAACAGAAGAGCUGGUGGAAAGAAUAGGUCAAGAAGACGGCAAGCUGUCAAAUGAUGACAGUGCAGAAUCUCAAGCUUCCACUGGGGCCGAAGGAGGCAUUAAAAGAGGCCGUCCCAGGAAACCGGCUCGUCCUACACCAGCUUGUCCAGAGAGGAUUCAAACUCUUAGAAAUCGUACGACUGUUAACAGUUCAAGAGAGAACUCAAAUCCUGGUACCCCCACCGCCCAAGAACAACGUGACGACGGGGUUACUCAGGGGGCGUUCAAACCUUUAGGACUUGAGGACUCUUUCCUUAAGUUCUUGGAAACCUCAGAGUCAACCCACACUUCCAAACGCAAAUUAAAUGACAAAUCUAGUGCUGAACUGCCGUCCAAAAGACAACAAACUCACAAACAGAGAUCUACAAUGAGAAGUAGAAUAACUCAUGAAUUAAGAGGGUAUGAAAAUCUUGUAGACUUCAGAAAUCCCCUUAAUAUCAAAUCAGUGAGUAAUGUCAAGAUUGUCAUGGAUAAAACACUUUCAGACGGUGCUGAUCUUUUGCUCAAGCAGCUACAAUACAUGAGGCCCAUAGUCAUAAUAAAAAAGUGGCUUUACAGCGGAUCCUAGCCCUGUAUUUUGUUUCAACACAAUCUCACUCAGGAUUUGAGGUGUUAUGCUGCAGAAUGGUUUGUUAAUGCAUCAGAUUACCAAGCGAAAACGGUAACAGUCACAGUACACAAUAAAAAUGGCCUAUUUUGUACUUUAUAAAAAAAUGUCUCGGAUGAUUUUAAGUAUGUAUGUUAGUUAAAAUAACCAGGUAACCCAUAGGGCAUAGAUUUUAGAAACAUGUUUGUAUUUAUGCUUAGUACUGAAGAUUUUUUUCUUUUGCUAAAUGGAGACUUUUAAAGAAAAACAAUGUUUUUAUAUAUCCCUAUGGGAUUUCAAGUUCUGUUUGUAUUUAUUUUAUCCUUUUUCAACACUAGUAGACCUAUCUGUAAUAUUUACAUGUCUUCCACAAAGUGUUCAAUAAAAUGUUACUGGUUCUUUUUU